AUUUAAUUACCUUUCUUUAAUUUCUCUGUUAUAAGAACUUUAAAGUAAUGGUUAACUUUAAUCAUAUCAAGGGUGCUUCUUCUGGAGGAGUUAUCUUGCUUCCUGAUGCAGAAACACAGACUUCUGGCGCAGAGGCAGCUGCAUGUGGUCGCUUAUCUUCAUUGUCCUUUGUUUCUGAUAAAGUUUACAGUGAUCAGGGAGUGCCGACUUCUUUUCGAGUUCCUGCUAGGGCUGUUUUACCAUUUGGAUCCAUGGAAUUGGAGCUAGAGAAUAGUAACUGCACUGAAAUAUUUAGGUCGUUGUUGGAAAAGAUAGAAACUGCAAAACUAGAGGGUGGUGAGCUUGAUGAACUAUGCCAUCAACUGCAGCAAUUGAUUUCUUCCUUGAAGCCAUCAAAAGAUGUGAUUGAAAGCAUUGAGAGAAUGUUUCCAAGCAAUGCACGAUUGAUUAUUCGUUCCAGCGCCAACGUUGAAGACUUGGUUGGAAUGUCAGCUGCUGGACUCUACGAAUCAAUACCCAAUGUUUGUCCUUCCAAUCCAACAGUUUUUGGAUCUGCAGUUAGCCAAGUGUGGGCUUCGCUAUACACACGGUGGGCAGUUUUGAGUCACAGUGCUGCUUGUGUGCCAUACAAGGAAGCUUCCAUGGCAGUUUUAGUCCAAGAAAUGCUAAACAAAUGGAUUGGAAAUUCUAAAUAAUCGAUUGAAUUGUAAGAAAUCUACAUUUUAGUCAUUGAUUGGGUAAUAUGACUAAUCGAUUGAUGUAUGUGAAAACCAU